AGCCUGGCUUUAUCCUUCUUGUCUGUCCUGCUCAUUCAGACCUCACAGGAAACGUCCACCUCCCUCAGCCCACCAGCUCGCCUUCACUUCUCAAACUUUUUUGCCUUCACACACAGUGURUCCUGCCGCCUGCGCUGAGUCAGACUUGAAAGGAUGUCUGCAUCCAUGUGGAGAAUGAAUGGGCUCUGUGGAAGCAUGGCUGGAGCUCUGCUGCUCUGCACUAUGUUGUUUAGUUGUGGGGUGAUGGGUGAGGGUGAACACUCCAAUUCCACUCAGUCAAAUGGCACUGGAGGACCUUCAGUUGUUAAUACUACUUCUGCAGCCCAUACACAACCCAAAUCUUCAGACAAAAGCAUUUCCAAUUCAGAUGAUCAUGUUACCACCCCUUCUCUUACCAAUUUGAGUGACUCCUCUGUUAAAACGUUUUCGCCUAACGUACAAUGUGUUGGAAAAGAGGACAUCCCAGAACAGACUGCCGUCAAGGCCGAAGUACAAAAAACAAAUGACUGUGAAGAAACAAAGCGUAUUAUUGAAGAAAAUCCUUCAAGUUGGUGCAGCUCUGAUAACUGCAGUCUAAAAAUCUUCCAAGAGGGUAAAACAGUGCUGGUGAGCAGCCGUGAUGUUAAGCCAGCUGCAAUAGCUGAAGCCCUACAGAGUGAAAAUGUGAAAAAAGGGCUGGGUCUGACAAAGACUGAGGCCCCAUCAUCAUCAGGUCCGUCUGUCUUUGUGGGAAUCCUGGUCUCCGGUCUCCUUGUUGCCAUUGGAAUCAUUGCAUGGUACUUCAAAUGUCAACGUAAGCCUGGCGCUAAGGACGCAAAGCUGGCAGAGGAGGCCUUUCCAGUGGAUAAGGAGAAUCAGGGGAACACCCUUGCAUCUGAAGCCCCUCUGAAUCCCCCUCCUGAAACCCAGGAGAAGCCUGUUAACGGAGAGUCCCCUGAGGCAGACAAGAACCCCCCUCCCCCCACCAACGGCCACUCCACUGCCAAGACAGCAGACACCGAGCUGUAAAAAGUCAUGCAUCUAUCCCAACAACACGUUUAUUCUCAAACACAUAUUUACAUUUUGAACCCAAACUGAAGUCAAGAAGACGUGGGGGACGAAAACAGUCUUCCAUACAUCAGCACUCAUUUGUUAAAGUCCUGUUUCMCUUAGGCUGCAUUUCUCAACAAUCCACAGGAGAACUAGUCUAAAGAUGACAAUACUGGAAGAAAUGGAGAUACUGAUGAUGAUGAUCAGCUCCUGGGUCGUUGACAGCACGUCACCUGGUUGAAAAGUGUAACCAAGUCCUUUACUAAUACAUCAUAACCACAUAAAAAACUUUAUGUUUUAAAAUUUGAAAAGCCAUAACAGAGGAGAAACAAACGUGACUGCCUUGAGAUCUGUUUGCAAACUUGUCAGAAAGGAAAAAAAGAAACUGGGCUCUCAUCUUGCUUUGCCAUACAAGCAAGAUGAGCUCAGUGUGUGUGUGUGUGUGUGUGUGUGUGUGUGUGUGUGUGUGUGUGUGUG